AUCUGUAGUUUAAGCAACAACAAAAUUGUUUUGGUAAACAGCUGAGGAAUGGUGUUGGAGAAAUGGAACCACUUUCAAAUUCAAAGACAGAGCUAUGGAUCCAAGGACUGACCAUCCAAGCUAUAGUUUUAAUCAUGUUUUGAGCUCAUGAGGCAUUUAUAAUUUGUAGUCUUCAAAAAUAUAUGGGUUCAUGUUAUUAAUUUAAAAGUCCAAAAUGUAAUUACCAAUCGCAGAUUGCCCCGCCAGGAUUGCGAUUGCUCAGCAAAUACAAAUAUUUUAAUGUUGUAAACAUCUUCCUCGGAUACCACAUAGACAUAGUUCCUUCCCUGGUAGAUGCCUCCAAGUUCCAAAAUGAGGAGUGUGUAUGCACGGACAGUAGUUUGUGGACAAAAGCGCUGUAUAAACAUUGCAAUGGCGGCUUUCGAUUAAUAAAUUCCAGCCAACAGUGUGACCCAGCAGUUAGAUUUCGGCUGCUGAUUAAAAUCCUUAGACUCUUGAUGUAGUUUUACCUUUGUAAGGUAAAUGUGUUGCUUUGAUAAGUGUCGACACAGCACAAAUUAAUUAAGAAACUGAGCAAAGAUCUAAAGAAGGAUUUGCAUUACAAAAGUAUUGUGUAGAUGAAGCUGACAUACUGUAUCUGUGAAAUAAAUUGUAGAAGGCCUAUAGUACAGUGUCCAUAUUAGGACAACCUCAGUCUCAGCAGGACGUUUUGAAGCUGUUCUCAUAUGGGCACUGUAGUACGGUAGUAUUUUUUACUUCCUUUCCUACGUGACUGAUACUUUCAACUGUCUACCUUCAGACUGAAGAAUGCAGGCCAUAAAGUCUCAGUUUCAGGCCAUGAAGGUAAUAGGGGUUGUAAAUCGCACAAGUAUCAUUGUAUCAUCGCGCGGUCAAUCAUUGACAGUCACACUGACCUUAGUUUCCUUUCAGUGUGUGUGUGUGUGUGUGUGUGUGUGUGUGUGUGUGUGUGUGUGUGUGUGUGUGUGUGUGUGCCUCUAUUACACUGCAACAGACUCCUAGAUAACCACACAUUCAUAAGAAUGAAGAACUGUCACCUUACCACCAAAGGUCGGAGUACUUUAAUUGUUACAGAGAGAGAUUAAAAGAGUUUUGUCUAACCUGAAAAUAAUAGUGAGUAUAUUCUAAGGAGACACCGAUGGCAAACUCCAAUGGCAGGUAUCUAUUGUGAAACUCCUGAUUUAAUAGUUGAGAAAGUCAAACAGUGUCAUUGCUUUCGAUGAACCAAUUGAAACCAAUUUCGAUGAACCAAUCUGUCAUAUUGUUUAUCUCCUUAGACCACCCCUAAGCUCAAAACCCUUGUCACCGUCACCUUAUAGGUGAAGCCUAUGGUUUUUACACGCCUCUUAUUGAUUUACAACCCCUGCGCAAAGACUAAAGUUCCCUGCGUUUGAAACAAGACAACAGACAUCCAGCACAUUGGAGACCAAGCAAGGACAAACGACAACUUGCAUCUCAUAAGGCCAUUUUCAAUCAUCCUGUGUGUCUGAGGGUUUCAACCUCAAGAGUUUGGAAGCCUUUUCCUACACCUGUGUGUGUACUCUGGGUGAUCAUGUCGACGGCGGUGGAACUAACUGGGUUUUUGUUGUGCGUGGCGAGCUGGCUACUCACAGGCUCCUCACUAGCCAAUGACUACUGGAAGUUGUCCUCGGUGUCUGGCAGUGUCAUCGUAUCCACACGCCAGUUCCAGAAUUUAUUUCACUCGUGUGCCGAGAACAGCGCCGGCAUCAGGAACUGCAAAGACUUUGAGUCUAUGCUCGCUUUGCCUGGCUACAUACAGGCAUGUCGAGCCCUGAUGAUCAUCGCUCUGCUCCUGGGUCUAGCGUCCAUCAUUGUGUCAGUGCUGGGGCUGAAAUGCACAAAGAUCGGCAGUACUUCUGAACAGGCGAAGGGCAAAAUCGCUCUGACCGGCGGUAGCUUGUUCAUCUUAUCAGGUCUUUCCACCUUGACUGCUGUGUCAUGGUAUGCUGCACGGGUGGUACAGGAGUUCCAUGAUCCAUUCUUUGCAGGAGUAAGGUUUGAGCUGGGUGCAGGUCUAUACAUGGGCUGGGGUGCUGCCUGUCUGGCCAUUCUGGGUGGGGUCAUGCUCUGCUGUUCCUGUAAGAAGGGUCCAUCAGGACCACCAACAGGGGGAUAUUCAAACAACUACUCCAAAACAGGCCGUGGACAACAGAUCUACAGGGCAGCACCUGUGUCAGAGUCGGGGAGUUCAAAAGCUUAUGUUUAAAGCAGUUUAAAAUGUGUGUGUUGAAAAAAUAAAAAUAAAAUUGUUUGUUUGUCUGUUUUCAUAUGUUACUUCGCUAAAGUGUUACUUCACUGGUUUGCAUUUGCCGUUAUAUAUUUUAGUUUUUGUUGUCUUCUUGAGUUGAGUGAGUCACUGUGAAUAUUAAUGCAAUGUUUAUUACUUUGAAAUGUGUUGAAAAUAAAACAAUGUAUCUGUUGAUGA